UUUGACCUCCUCCGCAUUCUGGUGGAGUAAAAAACAACACCGUCCCGGCGGCGGCGGCGACGCCAUGGAAUCCUCGUCCAAGAAGUGCUUCAGCUUCGACCUCAACGACCACGACGACGACCAUGCCGCCGGCGGAGAAGACCAAGUGGCGGUCCUCAAGGACCACUUGUUCGAGAAGCCGUUGACUCCCAGUGACGUCGGGAAGCUCAACCGCCUCGUCAUCCCCAAACAGAACGCCGAGAAGUACUUCCCGUUGACCGGCCAAGACUCCUCCUCCCCCGACAAAGGCCUCCUCCUCACCUUCGAGGAAGACUCCGGCAAACUCUGGCGUUUCCGUUAUUCGUACUGGAACAGCAGCCAGAGCUACGUGCUGACGAAAGGGUGGAGCCGCUUCGUGAAGGAGAAGCGGCUCGACGCCGGAGACGUGGUGCUCUUCUUGCGCCACCGUCUCGACGGCGACCGGUUUUUUAUAGGCUGGAGGAGAAGAUCAAACGCCGGAGGCGUGGCGGCGAACGGUGUCAGAGAGGAAGGGAUCAUCGGCGGCGGCGGCGGUCUUCCCGUUGCGGCGGCGGUGGUCAGAGGUGGCUGGAGCCAGUCCUACUACCCUUACCAGCUGCCGGCGGACUUUGCAUACCAACCCCAGUGUCUUCAUGCAGGAUCAACAUCAAUUGGACAAUGCCAAACACCAUCAAGUGGGAGCUCAAAGACACUGAGGUUAUUUGGGGUGAACAUGGAGUGCCAGGCUGCUGAACCGGUCAGGCCGGACGGUUUGACCAUGACGAGCCAGCAGGUUCAGACCGGCCAUCAUUAUUUGUACCAAUAUUAUUCCAACCCUAUGGCGUCGUCCUACAACAACCAUUACAUUCACACGGAAGAGCAGGAUGAGAAUUACACAAGCUAAGCUAAUAAGCUAAAGGGGUCAAUCAGAUGAGAUAUCUUUCAGCAGGGAUAAGAUCUGUGGAGGUGACAUUUAGGACUGACUAUACAGAAAUAUGCAUGGGGGGGGGGCCACGUGCAAAAAAGUAAAUAAUAAUUUCAAUAAUAAUAAUAAUAAUAAUAAUAAAAAGAAUUUUUUUAAAAAAAGAUAUUUCUUGGGGAAGUCCAAGAUUUUGCUGUGGCAAUUUUAUUUGGCUUUCUAAGAAAAAAAGGUGGUGGGCUCAACAUGCAAUGGUUUAAUUUUCACUUUUCAUUAGUCCAGGGGGGUAAGGUAAUUGAAGGGAAAGAGAGCCCACAUCUUAUGGGACUUUGAAAGGGAAAUGUGCCCUUCUUCUGUGGGGUGGGUGACCCAUGAUGUAAUAGUGUGUGUGUGUGUGUCAGCUGCUGCUAGCUAGGGACUGAUUGGGAAGAGAAUUUGGGUCAUUCCUAUCAAUCAACAAUUUCCACAUUUGCUCUCCAAAAAGGAUGAAAGGAAGGAAGUGUUAUCCCCCCAUGAUGAUAUUAAGAAUGGAAAAUGUUUUUUGUUGUCUACUCUUUUUUAUUUUAUUUUAUUUUUUGAGAAUUUCUUUGAGCUUUUUUUUCAAGACAGUCAAAUAGUCUCUCUCUCUUGUUUAUGUUUGUUGUUUAUGUAUGUUGUUGCGAUGGGAGCAAAGAACUUUUUUUUUAGGUCACCAAGAGCGGUGACUCUGAUACCAUGAUGAAAUAUUGGAAUAAUAAUAUUGUUCUUUG